AUGGCCAAAUGUCAAAAUCUUGCAUUUGCUCCGAAUCACACCCCAACUAAAGCUUAUCAAGACAUCAAGGACUGCAUGGAAGACCAAAGGAAAAUGAAGGAUGAAUGCCUCUUUGAGUUCAUCCUCUAUGUAAUAGCUAAUGUUGUAGAUACACAAUUGGGACAGAAGCCAGAAGAGAAACAGUCAUUCAGACAAGAUAUCUCCAUUAGAUUAUACAAUUCUGAAACUAAAGACAUAGACAAUGCCCCAAGAAUCGAAAGAGCUGAAAAUACUGCAAAAAUGUACAAAGUGUCAACCAUGAGACGAAUAUUCGAUUUGGCAAAACUUCGAACAAAAAGAUCAGCAUUUUUCCCAACUGGGGUUAAUGUCUGUCCACAGGAAUCCAUGAAACAGAUUUUAGCCAGUCUUCAAGCUUAUUAUAGAUUGAGAGUGUGUCAGGAAGUGGUGUGGGAAGCAUACAGGAUCUUCCUGGAUCGCAUCCCUGACACUGAGGAGUACCAGGACUGGGUUAGCAUCUGCCAGCAGGAGACCUUCUGCCUCUUUGACAUUGGGAAAAACUUCAGCAACUCACAGGAGCACCUGGAUCUUCUUCAGCAGAGAAUAAAACAGAGAAGCUUCCCUGAGAGAAAAGAUGAACUGUCUAUAGAGAAGACAUUGGCAGACCCUGAUGAAACUGCUGGGUUUUCAACAGAUGUUGCCAAUGGCUCAGUCGGGAACUUUCCUCUUGCUCUUGAUGACACACACCUAAAUGAAAUUCUCGGUAGCCUCAAUGACACCAACAAGCCUACAACAGAACAAGAGACUGAACUCACUAAUGUUUCGGAGGACCCACUGGAGGAGGACCCACUGGAGCAGAGGGUGGAGUUCAGCAUCUCUCUGCCAAACCAGAAGUUCAAGGCAGAGCUUGCUGACUCCCACUCCACUUACUACCAGGAGCUGGCAGGAAAGUCACAGCUGCAGAUGCAAAAGGUAUUUAAGAAACUGCCAGGAUUCAAAGAGAUCCGUGUGUUAGAAUUUAGACCAAAGAAAGAAACAAAUGGUUCAAGUUCCAUAGAGAUGCAACUUACGGCCAUCUUUAAUAAAAAUGCUGCAGAAGCAAAAAGACCCACCGGUGACCUCCUAUCAUUUGAUUCCAACAAAAUUGAAACUGAAGGACUCCACCAGGGAACCAUGGAGGAGAACAAGCAAUCAGAAAUCUAUCUCACAAUCACAGACCUCAAAAAACUGAUCAGCAGAGUACUAGAGGAAGACCAGUCCUUGGAUAUGGGAACAAUUCAGUUCACUGAUGUUUUACCAUCACCAGUCUCCAAACCUGACACCCAGUCAGGGUUGUUCACACCCCUUGCUGAUGUCAUAAAGGAUGUUACUUUGAGUCCAGAGCUUCCUCUUAUUGAACCCAGGGUUGAUACAGUCGAGACAGAAGGACCUGGCCAACCUGACAGUUCUUGGUCUCCACCUGAAAUGGCCUCUGCCUCCCUGUCAGAAACACCACCUUUCUUUACGGCAUCAAGCAUCUUCUCUCUGACUGAUCCAAGCACCACAGACAUAACGUCUAUUGACCAGACACUACUAGGUCCAGGGCUCACUCUCCCCACCAGUGAUUAUUCUACCAUCAGCCAGUUAGCUUUGGAAAUUUCACAUUCGUCUGCAUCUUCAGAUGGCAGCAGGUUGAGUACAAGCAGCGAAGAUGUGAUCAGAGACCUAGAAGAAAUUGAUGGGUCUGACAAUUUUGUAUCAUCAGAGGUACCAGGACUGAGUGGAUAUGUUUCUACCCCAGAUCAUCUCUUGGAGAGCACCACUCCCGACCCUACUUUACAAUAUAUCACCACUAGCUCCAUGACCUUUGCCACCAAAGGCCAAGAGCUGGUAGUAUUCUUCAGUCUGCGUGUUGCUAACAUGCCUUUCUCCAGUAAUCUGUUCAACAAGAGCUCCGUGGAGUACCAAGCUCUGGAGCAGCGGUUCACACAGCUGCUGGUUCCGUAUCUGCAAUCUAAUCUUACAGGAUUUAAGCAACUUGAAAUACUUAGCUUCAGAAAUGGGAGUGUGAUCGUGAACAGCAAGGUGAGGUUUGCUAGGUCAGUGCCGUAUAACCUCACCGAGGCCGUGCACGGGGUCCUGGAGGAUUUUCGUUCCACUGCAGCCCAUCAACUUGAUUUGGAAAUAGACAGCUAUUCUCUCAACAUUGAACCAGCUGAUCAAACAGAUCCCUGCAAAUUCCUGGCCUGUGAUGAAUUUUCCCAGUGCAUAAAGAAUGAAUGGACGGAGGAAGUGGAGUGCCGGUGCAGACCAGGAUAUGAGAGCCAGGGGGAACUGGACGCAGACCUCUGUGCCCCUGGAGAGGAAUGCAAGGCCCUUCAGAGAAAGGGAGCCCCAUGCAGGUUACCAGAUCACUCCAAAAAUCAAGCAUAUGAAACUAGUAUUAAAAAGUUCCAACAUCGGCAAAAUUAUAAGGGAACCAAGAAAAGAAAUUCUGACUCUCUGGAUGUAGGACUUGAAGAAUUUAACCAUCAAGAUUUGGAAGAAAAUUAA